CCUUCCUAUCCGAUUCACGACCUUGCACCCUCCCCUUUCCUUCUUGCUGUUUGGUCUUCUUCACCCAACGACACCAUGAUUACCCACGCUUGACGCUCGUUUGUCGUAAUAGAGCAUUCUUAAUUGCAAAAGCGGCGACACAAGAGCCCCAUCCUGCCACGAGGUCAGCACGUUCUCCCCGCGUGCGCCGUGCAGCCCCGGUCUCAGCACCUCUCCCGCCACCGGGCCGUCGCCCAUCUCGACCUCUUGCGACCUUUCGCCGGUCCAGAACUCCGUACGGAGUAGAACUUCGACUACUCCUUUGUACUCUGCGACGACAUGGCUGCGGCCCUGAACAAGCGCCAGCAGGCGCGCAAUGAGCGCACGCUUCAGGAGUUGAUCAAGACGGUGCCGGGGAACAAUGUGUGUGCCGAUUGUGGUGCGCGGAAUCCAGGUUGGGCGAGUUGGAGUUUGGGCAUAUUCUUAUGUAUGCGGUGCGCGGCACUGCAUCGAAAGCUGGGGACACACAUAUCCAAAGUGAAAUCGCUGAGUAUGGACAAAUGGGAUAAUGCGCAAGUCGAUAAUAUGAGGCGCAUCGGCAACGUCGAGUCCAACAAAGCCUACAACCCACGAAACGUAAAACCCCAAAUCCCCAUUGAUAUCGACGAAGUGGACAGCGCCAUGGAGCGCUUCAUCCGGCAGAAAUACCAGGAGCGGGCGUUCCUGACGGAUUCGGGACCGGGUACCAGACAGAAUACGGGGAGUACGAGUUCGGUGGAGGAUAGGCCGCCGCCGUUACCGCCGAAACCGACACGGCGGUUUGGAUUCGGGUUGCAGAAGACGGCACCUUCGUCCAGAGAUACGACGCCCCCGAUUUCGCCGGGAAUAGGGGGCUUUGGACUGGAGUCGUCACCUCCGAGAGUGAAUAAGGCGUCCCGAGUGUUUGGGUCGAACGUGAAUACCUCGAGCGAUGGGAUGGAGUCCAAGCUAGCCACUCUUCGCGAUAUGGGUUUCCCCGAUGACAAGCGCAACGCCACGGUCCUCAAGGGCGUUAAUGGAAACGUAGAUCGAGCCGUGGAGACCUUGAUCAGACUCGGGGAGCAGAACCCGGGACGCUCAAGAGGAACGACGCCUACGCCCACACCACCCGCUAAACCGGAUCUGAACGGCUUGUCAUUCGAUAAUGUGCAAAAGACGUCUUCGGUAAACCCGUUCGAUGCUUUGGAUGCCGUGGCACCGCCUCCGCAGCUACACACGCAGAAUUUACAGUAUGGAGGAUAUGCCGCGCAAACGACCUCGCCUUCGAAUCCUUAUAAUCCAUUUCUACAGCAGCAGCAGCAGUCUCCGUCCCAGCAAUUAUACCCUCAGCAGCAACAGCAAACCUACCAAAACCCGUUCGGCCAACCACAAUCUCUAGAACAGUCAUUCCAAUCUCUAAACCUCUCGAAUCAACCCCAGCAGCAGCUACAACAACAACAACCCCUCUUUCCCAACCGCACCGGCGGCUACGCCUACCCUCAGCAUCCGCAAUCCCAAUCCACCUACCCCCUACCCACAUCCACAAACCCCUUCCAACAGCACUCCUUCACCCCGCCGCCCAUGCCGCAUCUACCGCCGCAGUACGCGAGUUUCCAACAACCGCUGCAGCCGCAACAACCGGGAAUUUCUUCUGCCUCGCCGAGUGGAUACAGCGUCGGUGGUGGCGGGCAAGGGACCCUGUCCCCCACGGCGACGGGAAGUUCGGGGAAUCCGUUUUUGAAGAGCGUGAGGAGUCAGAUAUUUGCUCCGAGUGCGGGAGUAGGAAUGGGAGGGGGAGGGUAUAAUCCGUUUGGGAGUGUGCAGGCGCAACCGCAGGCGCAGAGUCCGUUGGCGCAGGAGGUGGGGAAUCCGUUCGGUCAGGUCCAGGCUUUGCAGCAGCAGCAGCAGGGACAGAUGGCGAAUCCGUAUCUAGUUCAGACGCAGCCGCAGCAGCAGGCGCCGAACCCGUUCUUGAAUACGCAGCAACUGCAGGGACAGCAGCAGCAAUCUGGAUAUCAACAACACCAACAACCGCCUCAGCAGCUGGGAUACCAAUCACAGCAACCGCAGCAGAAUAUCAAAUCGUCCAUCUUAGCGCUGUACAACUAUCCGCAGCUCGCGCCUCAACGACCCCUCGAUCAGCAGCAGCAGCAACAGGGGCAAAACGGUACCGCAGCCCCGGGAGGAACGCCCAAUGCCGCAAACACGGCGUCGUCGUCGACAGCGGCAUCGGGUCCAUCAGGAACAACAGCAGCAGCGACAAAUAAUCCCUUCUCCGCCUCGAGCAUCCCCACCAACACCACAUCUACACCCAACAAUUCUUCCACAGCAACACCAUUACCACCAAGCGUUCCGCAGCGCCAAAUGGCAGCAGUGACCAGCACCAGCACCAACGGGUACGGCCAUGUUUCGCACGAGAGCGUGGAUUUCGCGGGGUUGAUGGGGGGCAGGCACAGCCCGGAUGCGUUUGCGGGGUUGAGUGCGAGUUUUAGGCGGUGA